AUGGCUCGGAACCGUGCAAACCCUGGCCCGGAGAAGCCAGUCGACGACAAGGUUGAGAGUGAAUUGCAUCAACUAGAAGCUGCAGAUGAUACGCAGUUCUACAACGUUGACCCCGAAAUCGAGAGGAAGGUCGUUCGAAAACUUGACUGCGUGAUUCUGCCUCUGAUGGUGCUCGUAUAUUUCUUCCAAUACCUCGACAAGCAGACAAUUAACCAGGCCGCGGUAUUUGGUCUACGAAGUGACCUCAAGCUCACAGGUCAAGAGUUCUCAUGGGCUGUCUCGUUAUUCUAUCUGGGCCAGCUUUGUUCAGAAUACCCAGCUGCGAUCAUGCUCUCCAGAUUUCCGAUCACAAUCUACGUCGGAGUCACUAUCGUAAUAUGGGGUGGGGUAAAUAUGUGUCUGGCUGCUGUUCAAAACUUUGCGGGACUGGCAGCGGUGCGAUUCUUCUUAGGGUUCUCCGAAGGAACCGUCUCGCCAGCUUUCAUUAUUAUCACGAGUAUCUGGUACAAGCGCAAGGAACAUCCGAUUCGCGUCGCUACAUGGGUAUCAAUGAACGGUACAGCCAAUAUUAUAGGUGCCCUCAUGAUGUAUGGUAUCGGAAAGGGAAACAUGUCACUUGCCCCGUGGCGUUCCCUCUUCCUGAUAUGUGGAGGUUUAACCUCCGCGACUGGCCUCUUAUUCAUCUUCUUGAUGCCCCGAGAUACGACAACGGCUUGGUUCCUGAGUCCACAGGAACGAGAAGUGGCAACUCAGCGCAUGGCGAUCGAUCGCGCUACCCGAGACCAUGCAGUGUUCAGCAAAGCUCAACUCAAGGAGGCACUCUUGUCGCCGAUGACUUGGAUCUAUUGCCUGAUGGGAAUAUGUAUCACCCUGACGACCCCCAUAAUGAAGUACAGCUCCACCGUCAUACACGGCUUUGGCUACUCAACAUACAAAACAAUGCUCGUCGGAACACCCGCCGGAGCAUUCAACUUCAUCACCGUCUGGAUCGGCGCCAUCAUCCCUCGCGUUAUACCCGGAACACGAGUCUACACCGCCAUCGGUCUCUCCAUCGUACCUCUCCUAGGAUCAAUAUUGCUCAUGACGUUACCGUAUUCCGGCGGUGCAGACUGGGGCAUAGUGGUAGCAACCUGGCUCGGAGGAUGCAGCUCUUCGUUGAUAAGUAGCACCGCCAGCAUUAUCGCCAGUAACGUGAAGGGUAAUACGAAGAAAAGUAUCGUGUCGACUGCUUUCUUCGUUGCAUACUGCGUUGGAUGCAUUGUUAGUCCGCAGGCUUGGACAGAGGACGAUGCUCCUAGGUAUACGAAGGGCUGUAUUCUGAGUAUUGCGUCCAUGGCUUGCUUAAUCCUUACUUUGUUCGUUUAUGUGUUCAUGGUGAAGAGGUUGAACAGGAGGCGUGAUCGCAAAGCAAGCGAGGGGUACUUUGAGUAUAUCGUUGAUAGGGGCGAUGGGAGUGGCUGUAUGGGGAUUUCUGUGGAUUCAGAUCAUACGGAUGUUGAGGACAAGGCGUUUAGGUACACUAUUUGA